AUGUGGGAUGAUAUAAUAGAAUAUUUAAAAGAUCCUCUAUUAGUGAUUAAAGUGCAGAACUUCUUUGGUGUUAUCUACAAGAAAAGUAACGUCAGUGACGAAACAUGUGUCAUACAUUCUGAUAGACAUGAUCACGAUUCAGAAUUUGAUAUCAGGCAGCAUAAGAGAGUUCCCAGCGAUAUAUCAGCGACAUCACAGUCCUCGAGUGAGACAGACACUUCGUCGGAAGGCCGUGAAGAGGUAGAAUGUUUGAUCAGUAAUAAAUUCUGGUACUACGUGUUUGUGUUGGGAACCAUGCUUGGCGAUGAAAUAUUUUACGCAACAUUCAUACCGUUUUGGUUUUGGAAUAUUGAUGGAGCAGUUGGAAGGAGGGUCGUGUUGGUCUGGACCAUCGUUAUGUAUAUAGGUCAAGGUUUCAAAGACAUAAUACGAUGGCCACGGCCCGGGUAUCCGGUGAAGAAACUCCAAGAGAAGUGGGCGAUCGAGUACGGGAUGCCGUCAACGCAUGCCAUGGUCGGCGUGUCCAUACCAUUCUCGGUCCUAUUGUACACCAUGAAUAGGUACCAGUAUCCCGUGCCCUGGGGUAUCGUCAUAGCGGUCUCGUGGUGCACGCUGAUCUGUGUCAGCAGGGUUUAUCUCGGGAUGCAUAGCAUUCUGGACAUAGCAGCGGGUUUGCUACUAUCGUCAGCUUUGCUGGUAGUCCUGAUCCCUGUGGUGAAUGAACUGGAUGGUUUCCUGCUCACCUCGCUGUGGUCGCCGCUCCUCGUUAUCACAGUCUCCAUUCUUGUUAUAGUGUACUAUCCUCAAUCUGAUAAAUGGACGCCUACAAGGGGCGACACAACCAUGAUAGUAAGUGUAUGCGCUGGUAUCCUCACCGGCUCCUGGACUAACUACCAGCUGGGAAACAUGGUGGCCAGCCCUUUAGACCCGCCCUACGAGAUCAUAUGGCCCUCCAUAGAAAUGUUCGGCUGUACUUUGCUGAGGACAACACUCGGCUUCUGCGGGGUUCUAGCGACCAGAGCCCUUGCAAAGUCCUUUUCUUAUGGCUUUGUGUGCGCUCUUCUGGGCAAAGACAAGAAUGAACUGAGAAACUCUGAGAACAGUCUAGAUAACAAGAACAAGAUCAUCGUAGAAUGUAGUUACAAGUACUUUACGUACGGACUCAUCGGUUUCAACACAACAUACAUCUUCCCGAAUGUCUUUGACUUAUUGUUCAUCAACAGGCCCACCUAUUACACUGAGAUUUAGUAUUUAAAUCUGUAUGUAUGUGUAAGUCUAUGGAAAUUUUUCGUUUUAGUUUGACGCACAAGUGAACGGAAUAUGUAAAGUGCCUUGGUUAAAUUAAGUAAGUUACGGCAGUAAAGAGGCUAGAAAUUUAAAUAGUAUUUUAGUCCUCUUGUACUGCUCCUGUAAAUUUCGCUAGAGCAUUCCAAUUAUCUAAUUAAUUUAUAUGUAAAUUGUAACAUAACAUAACAUAUGAAAUUAUAAUGAUUAUCAUAUUCACUUAUUUCCAUAUAA